AAUAAUUAAAAAUUAAGGCGUGGUAAUUUAUGCAACUGUUUUCUUUUUUUUUUUGUUGCUCUUACUGUUGUUGGCCUCUUAAACAAAAUAAAACUUUGGAUGGGAUUCUUUUUUUGUUGUUUUACGAUAUAGAAGGAAAUAGGAAAAGGAUGUAAAGGAUGCAGAUGAAGUGAAAACAGCAGCAAUAAAUGAAGCAAAUAAACUAAAAAAAUAACAGUUUAAAACUCCUUUAUAAUAUAACUUUUACUUAUGUGCGUGUAGAUACACAUACAUAUAAACAUAUUUAGAAACUUUUAAAUGUUUAAGUGUCUGUAUGUUUGCUAUAGAUGUGUAAGUGUGUGUGUUUGCUUGCAUGUAUUAGUCGAAUCGAAUUCUAAAGGUGGAGUAUGAGUUUUCGUUAAGUUCUGUUCAGAUAUCGUGGUAUUUGGAAAAUUAAUUUGACAGUUGCUUAUAAAAGGAUGCUGUUUGGCUCUCCCUUGUUUUCUCUCUUACUCUCUCUUUCUCGUAACUUAACGAAGAAGAAAACAAGUGUUGACACCUACACGAAUGUAAACUUCGAAUUUUUAUUUGUAUGCAAGUGUUUGUGUAUAUGAAAGUGAGUUGAGAUGCUACUGACGCAAAUAUCAAAAUGAAAUGUAUUGACAAAAAAAAGUCAGCUACCAGCCAAGUUAGUGUUUACAUUAAACAAAUCAUAAUAAUUCCAAAUACUCUUUCUUAUAUACCAACUAUUUAUGAAUGAAUGAAUGCAAAUCUAUAAAAAAGCAAUUUUACCCUACAAAAGGCGUUUUGCAAUCCUAGUCGACUUUAAAGUUGAAAAUUCAUAAGUUUUUUUUUUGUUGAAAAUUUAAACCAAUUUAUAAAAAAUUAUUAUAUAUUAUUAUCGAUUUCUGUAGUGAUUACCAUCACUGUUUGUCUAUAGUUUCGGCUGUUAGCAUCCAGCUGUGUUGUUGUUGUUUUUGUUAAUUUUGCAACCAAAAUUCCAAAAUAAAUAACAACAACAGUAAAUAGCGAAAAAUAGCAAAAAAACUCAGCAACGAAAAAUAUUAUCAUUGCAAUUGCUAACGAACGACGUGCAGUUGAGAGUAUAGAGCACAAAUAGCAGCAUCAGCAAGUAUGGCAGCAUCAAAAAUCACGAUGUCAGUGCAUAGCAUACUUUAAGGCGUUACACAAGAAUAUUUUACCUAGAUAUUUUUUAGGAGAAAGUGAAAAUUUAACCUUUUUUUGAUGUCUACACAAAUGUUUCAAAAAAUAUAUAAAUUUAGAUAAGAAAUAAAAUUGCAAACAAAUAAAAACAUAAAAUUCUUAAAAUAAUCAAAUAAUAAUGUUACUUAAAAUUUAAAUGAAGAAAAAUUUAACUUAAAAACUUCUACGUCAUAAGGCAAUAGUGGGUGUGCCAUGCAAAAAACACAAUUUAAAAAGUAAAACUUUUAAUUCUUAAACAAAAAAAAAAAACAAAAUUAUUAAACAAAUUAAAAAAAUCAUAAAUUCAACAAAAUGUAUCUAUUUCUUAAAAAAAAACAACAAAUAAAUUUUAAUUAAAAAUAAAAAAAAUUCUCGACAGGAUAUAUUAAACGAAAGUAAAACAUAUUAAUAAAACCACACACACAUACUCUAACUUUAAAACAUACAGACACAUAAAAUAGUACGUGACAAAGAGAAUUUUAAAUAAGAAGAACACCAGAAAAAAACGAAAACUAAAAACGAGAGAAUAACUCAAAACAACUAGAAAAGAAAGCGAGAGCUGAUUAACAAAGCAGUUUAAAAAAGCAAAAGGAAGAGAAUAGAAUAGAUAAAAAAACAUACGUAAAUUUCGAAUUCGUAUUUUUGAAAAUUUCGAAUAACAAGUGUAUAAACAAACACUGACAUUUUUAGCACGUUUGAAAAUAAACAACAUAACAGCAACAACAACAACAACAGCGAUAAUAAGAAAAAAAUCAUCAUCAUCAUUAUUUUUGACAACCUACUAAAAAAAAUACACAUACACAAGAAACCUACUGGAAACUAGAGUAUUUGGAGCAAACAAUCCCUCUAAAAACAAUUUAACUCUACUGUAUACAACAAGUAUUCAUUCCAAUAAACAUACAUUUAAACACACUUAUACAAUUGCACUUAUAAAUAAAAAAUAAAUAAAUUUAAAAGGAACUAGUAAAAAGAAACAAAAAAUACAUACUCUUUUACACACACAAACACCACAAUUUUUCCUAGUUAAAGUUUUUAAAUUAUUAAGGUGAAUAUUAAAUUAAAAAGGUUAACUCCUUGGAGUCCUUCAAGCAGCAACUAAAAUUACAACAUAAAAUAACAACAAAAAUAUCAACACUUUAACAUAUUAUAAGAAAAACUAAAUAACUUCAAGCCAAACCAACACAGACAGCAGCAAAUUUAUUACAAGCUUAAGCAAAAACAAAAGUUCUUUAUAACAUCUCCUGUAACCGAAAGGAUUUUUGUUUUGAAUAAAACGACAAAUCAUUAUUAUCAUCAUCGUUAAACGACAACUUUCCUAACAGCAAAAAACACACACAAAAUGGGUAACAAGGAAAGUGUUGAUGCUGCUGCUAAAUUGAAUGCUGAAAACUGGGGACAUGAGCGUGGCAGUCGUUAUCACGGCUAUCGUCACAAUCAACGUUCCCAGUCCCUAAAUCGUGGUCAAACUCUUUCUCAGGCGGACGUUACGGGGAUGUGGUGACAUCGGGGUGCAUCAGGUAAAGCUCAAUCCAGCAGUGGCUGUACUAGCUGUGCCAUGGGUAAUAAGUUGAGCUGCUCGUGCGCACCAUUGAUGCGUAAAGGGUAUCGUUACGAAGAUUCUCCAUGGCAAAGUUCAAGACGUCGUGAUGGACAUUUAUUAAGGUUGUUAAAAAUAUUUACAUAAGUUUAUAGUUAAAAGUUUCUAUGAAUAUUUUCCUUAGUUAAUGUACAAUAAUACUAAAUAUUUUAGGCGAAAUGAUGACAAAAA